AUGGUUGCCUUGAUUUUCGAGGAGGGUUCGAAGGUCCCCAAACCGGCCUAUAGCAGGAAACAGCUACUGCCCCAUAUUGUUGAUGGAAUGGCUGCAAGCAGACCCCAAGCCGUCUAUGCAGAAUACCCGACCAACCCAGAGAGUUACGCAGAUGGUUUUUCGAAACUCACAUAUGGAGGCCUGGCUAAUGCCGUGAACGGGCUGGCCUGGUGGCUUACAGACAAUCUUGGGCCGGGAACAAGCUUCGAAACUUUGGUCUAUUUCGGGCCUAACGACUUCCGGCAGAAUGCACUUGUACUGGCAGCUUGUAAAGCUGGCUACAAACUUCUGUUGUGCUCUCCACGCAAUACUUUGGCUGGGUACAAAGCCCUGUUCGAUGCUCUGAACGUCAGGACUAUCCUGGCAGCAGGUCCCCCAUACGUGUCCGUCGUCGACACCCUCAUGUCAGAAUACGACCUGAGACUUCUGCCCGUUGCCUCGACCGCUCAGCUCAUUAGCACUGAAUAUCCGCACUAUCCUUAUGACAAGCGCUUCGCUACUGCGUGGAGUGAGCCUCUCCUGGUGCUUCACACGUCAGGGACAACUGCCCUUCCCAAACCAGUCAUCAUUACCCAUGACUGGGUCAGCAGCUGGGUGCAGGCACUACACGCAGAGCCGCCUCCGGGCACGCAGAGUCUCGAUGUGCUGCACCAAGGUAACCGCGUGCUGGUGAUGAUGCCGCCCUUUCACGGCGGCAACCUCAUGCCCACGCUGUUCGACGCCGUACACAACCAGUCAACCGUCAUUUUCCCACUACCGGGAGGCAUUCUGGCCCCUGACCAUUUUCAAGAGCACUUCCUUGGAUGCGUGCAGGCGGCACGACCUGACAUCGCCCUCGUGCCGGCGGGCUUCAUCCACGCCAUUGCCAAAGACCCGCAGCUGCUCCGUGCGGCCGCCCAACACCUGGAGUAUAUCUUCUACACGGGCGGGGACGUCGCGGACGUAUACGGCGACACCGUAGCCAAACACGUCAAGCUGUUCAACGUCAACGGGUCGACGGAGCUGGCCUCGUUCCCGGCGCUGCGCCCGGGCGGGCCCUGGAACCGGUCCGUCUGGAAGUACAUCAUGCCGCACCCCGUUUCGGGCAUCGACUUCCGCUGCCACAGCUGGGACGGCGGAGAUCCUAAGUUUGAGGCGGUGGUCGUGCGCAACGCUGACCCGCGCGACGUUCAACCCAUCUUCAGCGUGUUCCCUGACCGGGACGAGUACGAGUCGGGUGAUCUGUUCUCACCACACCCCACAAUUCCCGGGCUGUGGCGGUACCGCGGCCGGGCUGACGACUGCUUUGUGCUGGUUACAGGAUCCAACAUUAACCCGCUGACGAUGGAGGAAAAAGUCGGUGCGCACCCGGAAGUCAAGGGCGCCCUUAUGUUGGGCCAGCGAAGGCCGCGGCCGGGGCUGCUGGUCGAGCUCGAGGAUGAGAUCCAGGCUGAGGAGGCCAUGACCCUGGACGAUGAGGACCAUCGCAGAGCUCUGAUCGACUCCAUCUGGUCGGCCGUCGACCGUGGGAACCAGGAGUACUACGACUUGGCGCGCGUCACGAAGGACAGAAUCAUCUUCACCGAGCCGGGAAGGCCGAUGAAGCGGACUCCGAAGGGAACUGUGAAGCGUAGACCGACUUUGGACCUAUACCAGGCCGAGAUUGAUCAGAUGUACGGGUCUGUUUAG